AUGUUGGGCCGAGAAACCCCGCCACCCACUAAACGUGCUCUUAAAUUCGGUGUAGAUUUGCCUUCCCCACAAAAUGGUCCUUCUGAAAAUAUCAGCCCUAUUAAAAGCUUGAACCCUUACCAAAACAAUUGGACCAUAAAAGGCUGCGUAACAAAUAAGAGGAAGAUGCAUAAAUAUAACACGCCAAAACGCAAUGGGCAGGUUUUUAGUUUUGAUAUUAUAGACGAAGAGGGUUGUGAAAUUAGAAUCACUUCCUUUGACGAAAUUGCUGAAUUACACUAUCAUCAAAUCGAGCAAGGAGCUUCAUAUGUUCUGUCCAAAGGUACAGUGAAAGAUGUAAACAAGGUGUACAAUAAACUUAACAACCAGCUUGAGAUUAUCUUGACUGAAACUUCAGUUUUGAAGCGUUGUGCCCUUGAUGCUGUUGGGCCUGAUAAAAAAACCCGCUUCACCCCUACUGACGAACUUCUCACCACUACCAACAAUACUUUGAUUGAUGUUAUUGGUGUUGUUGUCAAUGUCGGAGAGAUCUCUGUAAUUCGUAGAAAGGAUGGCUCUGUUGUAAACAAGAGAAUAGUAAAAAUAAAUGAUAUGUCAACUUUGACAAUAGAUGUUAACCUUUGGGGCCCAUCCUCAGAACAACUAGGCAAUGACUUGAAGAAUAUGCAUACAUCUGGAACAUUUGUCAUCCUUGUUGUUCAAAAUGCAAGGGUUGGUUGUUUCAACGGAAAAGUCAUAAAUGCAUCAGCGUCCAUAGCUUUUGAAAUCAACCCUUCUAUUCCUGAAGCUGAGCCCCUCCGUUUAAGAGGCCCUAUCCAACAAAGCCUUGAUCCACAUCCUUCAGCUCUCCAUUGCAAAAAUAACCAGUAUCAAAGAAUGUCAAUUGCAUCCAUCCUGCAGUGCCUUAGCGUUAUGCCUGAAGCCAUUGAGACUACUAUUACAACUGUGUUGCGCUUCAUAAAGGAAGACCCCUUUUACUAUACAGCUUGCCCAUUGCAAUUCAACGGAAAAGAAUGUAAAAAAAAAUGUGCUAAAUUAGCUGAGAAUUUGUGGUCCUGCCCUAGGUGUCAAACACAAUUCCCCGAAUGUAACUACAAAUACCUCCUCCAGAUGAAACUGCAAGAUCAUACAGGCACUAUUUGGGCUAAUGCAUUUGACAACAUUGGCACAAAACUCUUCUCUCUAUCUACAAAGGAACUAUACAUGUUACAAUAUGACUUGACAACAGAAAAAACACCUCACAUCAUACUCAAAAAAGCUAUGUUCAAGCACUAUACCUUUGCAACUUUAGUGUCUACUGACACAUUCAACUCUGAGCGCAGGAUCAAAGUCACAAUCGACAAAAUGCAAAGACUCGAUUUCAAAGCUGAGUCCACCUGCCUGCUUGCAGAAAUUGCCCAAAUGCAUGCAGUCACAUGA